CUAAACAACCAGAUUCUAAACAAACUCAUCACUUCUCCAACUUGUUUCUCUUCAAUUCGUAAAUCCCUGGCGGAUUCUUGUUUAUAAUAAUACUUGUUUUAUCUCUCUUCCUAUUCCUCGGUCACUCACUCAUACAAAAUGCACUUCCCUAUUCUUCCCAUCCUCAUCACACUGGCUGGAAGCGCCCUCGCAGCGCCUCAUCUUCCUAAGAGACAAAAUCCUUGCUUUGUGACUGGUUCCGAAGCUCUCCCCGAUGAAGUUUCGACACAGGCCACGAAUCUGGCCUCGGUCAUCACCUGCGACAAUUCGAAAACAACCAUCGAUGGUGUCCCAGAUGUGAGCUCUGGCGGUGUGACCUUUUCUUCCAUCAACUUUGCCGAAUCAGGCCAAAGUCCUCUGGCUUUCGCUCUUGACAAAUUUGCAACCACAUCACCCCUGGCCAACAACAACCUCGAUACGUUUCAGAAUGAGCUCAAUGUUUACCUCGCAACCGAAGCUGGUAUCAGAUCGACUGGUGGAAAUCUUGCGAUCAAGGUUCCCAAGUUCUUCUUGCAGUUCCAGAUGGCUCGUAUCCAACAGGCACAGGGUGCUGUGUCUGACAUCCCUGGCCAGACCGUUGACCACCAGCUGGAAAAGGUGCUCAAGAAUGCAGCUGGAGAGGAUCAGGCUCUUCUAGACCAAGUGAACGAAUUGGCUGUGAACUUGAACUAAGUUCCAAUGAAUGGUAUAUAAUACAGAAUUGCUCCGAUUUCCUCCGUUUUCGAGCUCGUACAAGCGACUCCAAGUCAGCCAUCAUUAUAGAAACACAUCAAUCAUAACAAUUAGAGAGGAGAAUGCAUUACGCCAGAACCUUUUCAGAAAACACCUGCUUCCAUCAUGACCCAAGCGCCAAAGAAAUCAUUUUAGGAAGUGCCACGGAACCAAGGCUGGGGAUCCUGCUCGUGCCUGUCGCCGCCGAUGGCCUUCCACCAAGUAUCGGUACUCCAGCGAAUGAUACGCUCGGCGGCACCCAAGGGCGUAGCGGCAGGACGCACAUCGAGGAAGAAGACAGGGUCACCGUGGGCAUCGGGCUCGCCAGAGUAAUAGUCGAUGAUGUAUCGAAUCUCCUUCCUUUGGCCGUUGAUCUCUCGCGCAACGUACCAGUCGUGCCGGUCAAAGGGAGGCUCGGUACUAAAGUGUGUUAGCCGCAGAUCGUUUGCACAUUAGAAUCACGAAUACUUACCCAAACUUUGAGGGGUAAAUCCAGCCCAGAACCUGCAUCAUGGUGGCCUUGGGAGUCAACUCCUUGGGUCGACCCUGGAAGCGAACGAGGCUAGGCUCGGUGUCAACACCGUCCCUUUGGCGAUCAAGCUCUUCCUGAACGUGACCUUCGCCCCUCUUGCAGAUCUGCCAUCCCUUGUAAAGUCCCCGCGCAAAUCGUUGUUCCCAACCAAGAAUCUCCUGCCAUGCGCCCUCAUUCAAGAAGUUGUGUACCGAAACCAUGCCCUCGACGGCGGUGAUAUCGGUAUCGGUAUAUCCCUUGCGCAGCAGCGCGUUGUACAUCUGCUGAGGAGACGGGUACUCCCAGUUGCCAUCUCCAGUGCCCUUGGGGAUGGUAGACUCAUCUCGGGUUGUUGGGAGAGCGAAUGAUUGAUUAGGAGCAGGUUUUUGCGAUAGAUCGGGGAACAUGUAGUUGAGAGGGUUGAGCUGGGAGAUCAAAGAUUUGGGCUGCUCUUGGGUUCGGGCGGCGUGAGGAACGGGACACCCUGAGGUGGAAGGAAGAUCGACAGGCUUCUUGGGCUUAGCCACGGGGUUCAUGGCAUCGGCAGACUUUUGGUGCAUAGGGCAGCCAGGCUGGGGAGAGUUAGCGA